AUGGAUGCCGAACUCAAUGAAAGGAUGGAAAGGAUGGAAAGAACCCAAAGAGAGUUGCAGGAGCAACUGGCCAAGUCGCAGCAAGAGGCAAGAGAUUUGAUGGUGAGAUCUCGAGAGGAAUCGCUAGAGCAAAGGGAUCAAAUGGCCAAAAUGAUGGAAAUGAUGACGGCCUUGGUCAAAGGAAAGGGACCUAUGCAGAGCCCUGAUGUCGUAGAGCCGCCUCAGUCAAGAGUUAAUCAAGACCCACUUUAUCUCCCGGGAUUUACUCCACCUCAUGUCCACGCAAUGCGAAGAGGAUACCCCCAAAGGGAACCUACAGGCCUGGAACAACAUCCUGCUCCAUCUGCUCAUUUAGGACAAGGAAUUUUGGUACCUGAUUUGGUCCUACCCCCAAAAAUUAAGGCACCUGAUUUUGAGAAGUAUGACGGAACAAGAUGUCCAAAGGCGCAUCUGAUCAUGUUUUGCCGAAAGAUGACUGGUUAUGUAAACGAUAAUAAAUUGUUGGUGCAUUGCUUUCAAGAUAGUUUGGUUGGCUCAGCCCUUCGAUGGUAUAAUCAACUCAGUAGAGAGAGAAUCUGAUCAUGGAAGGAUUUGGCUUCAGCAUUCUGUGAGCAAUAUAGGCAUGUAUCGGAUAUGGUGCCUGAUCGACUAACUUUACAAAUGAUGGAAAAGAAGCCGACAGAGACUUUUCGGCAAUAUGCACAAAGAUGGAGGGAUAUCUCGGCUCAGGUAGAGCCUCCGUUAACUAAGACAGAGAUAACAGUCCUCUUCAUUAAUACUCUCAAAGCGCCAUUUUACGAUAAAUUGGUAGGAAGCGCCACAAAGGACUUUGCGGAUAUUGUAAUAUCUGGGGAACUUAUCGAAAACGCCGUCAAGAGUGAGAGAAUGGAAAGCCCCGAGAGUUCGAAGAGGGCGGUACCUGUAAAGAAAAAUGAGGCAGAGGCCCAUAUGGCACCUCCGUCUUACCCUGUUUAUGCUGUGAAUAACCAAAGGCCAUUCACCGUGUUCCCGCCAAACACCAUGCCUGCACAAAGCCAACCCAAAAAUGAACAAAGACCAGCAAGACCCAAUCCUGAAAGACCUCAGUUUACUCCAAUUCCUGUAUCAUAUGGAGAGUUAUACCCAAAGCUGUUGGAAAAACAAUUAAUUUCCCCGCAUUACAUGGCACCCCUGAAGCCUCCAUUUUCGAAGUGGUAUGAUCCUAACGCUAAUUGCAUGUAUCACGCUGGAAAUCAAGGGCAUUCUACAGAAAACUACCUUGCCUUUAAAAGGAGGGUUCAAGGUCUCAUCGAUGCUGGUGUUCUGCGAUUCGAUGGUGUUAGCAAUGUGACGGGAAAUCCUCUUCCUAACCAUACUAGUGGCAAUGUAAAUGCGGUGACAAAUGAAGACAAUUGGCGAGCCAAAGUUCAUGUUGCCGAAGUAAGGACACCUUUGCGGAAGGUGUGGGAGAUGAUGAUUGAAAAUGGCUUGCUCUGCCCGCCUAGUAGGAUUCUCAAGGAGGAAAGUAAAAAAGAUCAGAGUUCCUGUGAUUUUCAUGGCAUCGAAGGGCAUGAUAUCCAAUCUUGCAAGGAAUUUAGAAAAUUACUUCAGGACAUGAUGGAUAACAAAGAGAUCAAGGUCCUUGAUAGUGUGGAAAGGGCCGAAGAAGGAGAAAUAUGUGCCUCUGAUAAUCAAUCGAUGGUUCUCCCUUAUAGCGUCGACAGACCUUUGGUGAUUUAUUACGAGGUGAAGAAGGAAGAGGUUAGUCGAGAAGUGAAACCAAGUUUGAUAAUCGAAGUACCUGCUCCUUUCUCUUACAAGGACAACAAGGCAGUGCCGUGGAAGUACGAUGUCAAUAUCGUUGUGCCUGAAGGUGAAAAGUCAAAAGUGAUGAAUGAAGAUGUUAGCGGAGUAGGACAUUUUACUCGCAGCGGAAGGUGUUAUUCUCCCGAGACAGUUGAAUCAAAGAAGAAGGUUGCUGGCCCGAGCCAAAAAGGAAAAGCACCAAUGUAUGAGGUUGAGGAUGAUGUUGAAACACAACUUGGGCAAGAAGUUAAAAAGGCUGUGAAUGAGGAGGAAGCACAUGAGUUCUUAAAGUUUAUCAAGCACAGUGAAUAUAGCAUUGUAGAACAAUUAAACAAGCAGCCAGCUCGAAUCUCGGUACUGUCUCUAUUGUUAAACUCGGUGCCACAUCGAAAUGCCUUGCUAAAAGUGUUAAAUCAAGCUUAUGUGGUGAACAAUGUAUCUGUGGAAAAACUUGAUAGGUGGGCAAACAAUCUGAAUGCAGAUAAUUUCAUCUCUUUUAGUGAUGACGAAAUACCACCAAAUGGUAGGGGCUCCGUAAAAGCAUUGUACAUCACAACCAAUUACAAAGGUUACAUAUUACCAAAUGUGCUCAUCGACAAUGGAUCUGCACUCAAUGUUAUGCCUUUGACCACGCUUUCUAGGAUGCCGGUUGAUAUGUCCUAUCUGAGGCCUUGUCAUUCUGUAGUAAGGGCAUUUGAUGGGACACAGUGAGAAGUCAUGGGAAAGAUCGAAAUUCCUUUAAAAGUGGGGCUAUGUGUAUAUGAUAUCGAGUUCCAGGUCAUGGACAUCACGCCUUCAUACAAUUGCCUCUUAGGAAGACCUUGGAUCCAGUCUGCUGGGGCGGUUCCAUCGUCUCUCCAUCAAAAAGAAAAGUUCAUCAUGGAUAGCCGCUUGAUUAUUAUUGAUGGUGAAGAAGACAUCGUUGCAUCGAUCUCUGCUGAUACACCCUACAUCGAAGUAAGCGAAGAUGCUAUAGAAUGUUCUUUUCGCUCCUUGGAAUUUAUUAAUGCGGCAUUUGUUGCUGAAGGGAAUAAGAUCCCCAUUCCCAAACUGUCAAGGAAUACCAAGAUGGGAAUUAAGCUGACUGUGGGAAAAAGAGCUCGGGCGAGGAAAGGUUUGGGAAAAUAUCAACAAGGGAUGGUUAGAGCUUUGAAACCAACACACCACAAGGGUCGAUACGGUUUGGGGUCUAAGCCAGAUAUACAUCAAAGAAGAAAAAAAUUGCAGAAAGAUCGAGAAAAAAGAAUCGCAAGAGCUUCAGGCCAGGAUUUGGAAUGGGAGCCGUUGGCGUAUCCUCCUUUGUCAAGGACAUUUACAUCAGCAGGAGUGAUGUACCCAGGGCAGGACAAUCCGCAAGUCACAUUAUUGAUUGAAAUGGGUCUUCAGAAUAUCAGCCUAAAUGCUAUUGACAAUGAGAGUGAUGAAAUUAAGAAUGCUUCAAUGAUACGCCCUUGUCCUCCAGGAUAUGUUUUGAACAACUGGACUGCUGAGGACCUCCUUGUAGUUUUUAAGUCCCCUUCAGAGUGUUCAGAUAUCAAUGGCAUGAAUAAUCCCGUUAUGAAUCCUGAAAUCAAUUUUGAGAAGGUUGUUUGUUUAGGAGAAUUCGAAGCUGGCGAAAAUGUUGAAGAUUGUGUCUCGUCUCCUGACUUACUGAGAAUGGUGGAACAAGAAGAGAAACAAAUCCUACCCCAUCAAGAAUCUGUUGAGGUAGUGAACUUGGGGAGUGAAGAAGAGAAACAAGAAGUGAAGAUUGGGACUUCCAUUUCAGAAAACACAAGGCAAGAUUUGAUCGCCUUGCUCCAUGAAUACAAGGAUGUGUUUGCCUGGUCUUUUCAGGAUAUGCCAGGAUUGAACACGGAUAUUGUGGUUCACAAGCUCCCACUGAAACCAGAAUGCAAGCCCGUUCAGCAGAAAUUAAGAAGGAUGAGACCCGAAAUGCUGUUAAAGAUAAAAGAAGAAGUCAAGAAACAAUUUGAUGCUGGCUUCCUACAAGUCUCAAAGUAUCCAGAAUGGGUAGCUAAUAUAGUCCCAGUGCCGAAGAAAGAUGGCAAGGUGCGAAUGUGCGUGGAUUAUCGUGAUCUGAAUCAAGCAAGCCCUAAGGAUAACUUUCCUUUACCGCACAUCGACACUUUGGUGGAUAAUACGGCAAAGCAUUCUUUGUUUUCUUUCAUGGAUGGUUUCUCAGGAUAUAAUCAGAUAAAGAUGGCUCCCAAAGACAUGGAGAAAACUACAUUCAUAACAAUGUGGGGAACCUUCUGCUACAAGGUAAUGCCGUUCGGAUUAAAGAAUGCUGAGGCAACAUAUCAGAGAGCCAUGGUGACGUUAUUCCAUGAUAUGAUGCACAAAGAAAUAGAAGUUUAUGUCGAUGAUAUGAUUGCCAAAUCUCGGGAAGAAAGAGAGCAUGUUGGGAGUCUUAGGAAGCUGUUUGAAAGAUUAAGAAAGUUCCAGUUGAAGCUUAACCCGGCCAAAUGUACAUUUGGGGCUACCUCAGGAAAACUGCUAGGUUUCAUUGUAAGUGAAAGAGGUAUCGAGGUUGAUCCAGAUAAGAUAAAAGCUAUACAAGAAUUGCCUCCCCCGCGUACACAAAAGGAAGUCAGAGGUUUUUUAGGAAAAUUAAAUUACAUUGCUCGAUUCAUUGCUCAACUUACCAAUCAGUGUGACCCAAUUUUUCGACUCCUUCGAAAACGUAAUCCGGGAGAAUUGAACGAGGAGUGCCAAGUGGCCUUCGACAAGAUAAAACAGUAUCUAUCUAAUCCUCCUGUGCUAAUACCGCCGACCCCUGGAAAACCCUUAAUAUUGUACCUGACCGUGUUUGAAAACUCAAUGGGUUGCGUACUGGGACAACAUGAUGAGUCGGGGAAAAGAGAGAAGGCAAUUUACUACCUCAGCAAGAAGUUCACAGAAUAUGAGGCAAAGUACCCUUCAAUUGAGAAGUUUUGUUGUGCAUUGAUUUGGACAUUUCGAAGGCUCAGGCAAUACAUGCUGUAUCAUACGACAUGGUUAAUUUUAAAACUGGACCCAAUAAAGUACAUGAUGGAGUCACCUGCACUCUCAGGGAGAAUGGCCAGAUGGCAGAUCCUAUUGACUGAGUAUGACAUUGUAUAUGUGAGCCAAAAGUCGAUAAAAGGAAGCGCAAUAGCUGACUUCUUGGCAAGUCGAGCAAUGGAGGAAUACGAGCCUUUGAGAUUUGAGUUCCCAGAUGAAGAUUUGAUGUGCAUUUCAGAAAAAGAUGGCGAGUCAUCAAAAGGAAAGUCAUGGAAGAUGAGCUUUGAUGGUGCAUCAAAUGCAUUGGGGGAUGGGAUAGGAGCAGUCUUAGUGUCACCUGAAGGGGACCAUUACCCGCUUACUGCUAGAUUGAAUUUCUUCUGUACAAAUAAUAUAGCGGAAUAUGAGGCUUGCAUCAUGGGACUUCGUGCAGCUAUCAAGAGAAAAAUCAAAAUUUUAGAGGCGGGGACUCAAAGAUUAGUCAUUUAUCAAAUUCGUGGAGAUUGGGAAGUGAGAGAUCCAAAAUUAGUCAAAUAUCAUGAUCUCGUUGCAGAGCUGAUCAAGGAGUUCUAUAAAGUGACUUUUAACUACUUUCCACGAGAGGAGAACCAACUGGCUGAUGCCCUAGCCACCUUGGCUUCGAUGUUCAAGGCAAACAGAGAAACUGAGAUAAUGCCCAUCCAAAUGAGUAUAUAUGAGACACCCGCACACUACUUUAGUAUUGAGGAGGAGUCAGAUGGACGACCAUGGUUCCAUGACAUCUUGGAGAAUGACAAAAGAAUGGCGAUUGGAUUUGUUCUUGACGGGGAUAUUCCAUACAAAAGAGGAAAAGAUCAAGUGCUCCUGAGGUGCGUGGACGCUGUUGAAGCUAGAAAGAUACUUGAAGAGGUUCAUGAAGGAAUUUGUGGAACUCAUGCCAGUGGUUUCACCAUGGCCAGGCAGAUUAUGAGACUUGGUUAUUAUUGGCUGACGAUGGAAAGGGAUUGCAUUGCUUACGCACGAAAGUGCCACAAAUGUCAAAUUUAUGGCGACAAAAUUCAUGCACUUCGUCCGCCCUUCAUGUCAUGA